AUUGGCAAAAAUAGCCAUUUCGAAAUGUCUCUCUGAAACCAGAAGGAUCUUCGAUCUGAUUCUUCUGGGGAUAAGGUUCGACUCAAGAAGAUUCAAAGUGAUAUAAUGAUGAUUCUGGAUUAGUGGGGAUUAUUAGAAUUAGGAAAACCUACAUGAUUCCAAAAGAUGAUACCGAAGUGUAAGAAUUUGGAUGUGGGCUUGGCGGAAUAAAAAAUUUAGGGUUGGAAAAUGAGUUGCUUUCCGUGUUGUGCGUCGAAAGGAAAGAGCAAUCGGAAGGCGCUGCAGAAGAGCAUUAAGGAGUACAAUGCUUCAAAAUCUAUAGCCUCAUUUACCAACAUUUCUUUUAAAAGUGACGCCAGUAGACAAAGGUACAUAACUGAAGAAAUUAAGAAGAUUGGAAAAAGAAAUAUUACUGCUAAAAUUUUCAGCUAUCAAGAGCUAUGCGUUGCAACUCAGGACUUUCACCAAGACAACUUGAUUGGCGAAGGAGGCUUUGGCAGGGUAUACAAAGGAUAUCUCGAAAGCACAAAUCAAGUUGUUGCGGUGAAGCAACUUGAUAGGAAUGGAUAUCAAGGAAACAAAGAAUUCCUUGUAGAGGUUUUGCUUUUGAGUCUCCUGGACCACCCCAACCUUGUCAAUUUGGUAGGUUAUUGUGCUGAUGGUGAUCAAAGAAUUUUGGUCUAUGAGUACAUGGUCAAUGGUUCUUUAGAAGAUCACCUCCUUGAAUUAACUGAAGAUGAAAAGCAUUUGGAUUGGGGUACUAGAAUGACAAUUGCUCAAGGUGCAGCGAAAGGACUAGAGUAUUUACAUGAGGUAGCAAACCCACCAGUGAUAUACAGGGAUUUCAAGACAUCAAACAUACUAUUGGACGAAGAUUUUAAUCCAAAACUCUCUGAUUUUGGAUUGGCAAAGCUUGGUCCAACUGGAGAACACUCUCAUGUGUCCACAAAAGUAAUGGGAACUUAUGGUUAUUGUGCUCCUGAGUAUGCACUCACAGGACAACUAAGUACAAAGUCAGAUGUAUAUAGUUUUGGAGUUGUCUUCUUAGAAAUGAUCUCGGGAAGAAGAGUGUUUGAUCAUUCAAGGCCAACUGCAGAGCAAAAUUUAGUCCUUUGGGCGCAACCACUAUUGAAAGACAAAAGAAAGUUCACAUUAAUCGUUGAUCCAUUACUAGAAGAUGAUUACCCCAUAAAGGGUUUGUACCAAGCUCUAGCAGUUGCAGCAAUGUGUCUCCAAGAGGAAGCUUCUACUCGACCUUUGAUUAGCGACGUAGUCUCCGCAAUGGAGUUUCUGGCUAUCAAGAAUGUGAAAGGUGAUGAUGAAGAAAAUGAUGAGCAUACUUUCGACUCUUCUUCUGAGGAUGACAACAAGGACUGCAGCAUUGGCGGCUAUGAAUCUGAUAGCAUACUUGAUCGCAAAAUACAUAAUUAAAUGUAGAACCAAUAAUUUGGAUAAGUCGACUUAUUCAAGUUAGACUCAAUUUGGGUCGAGAUUAUUUAAAUUGAGUUUUAAAUAUUCUACCUUUUAA